AACAUCCGGGCUUUUGUGACGCGCAUGACAGCCGUUGUAAAACUCAAGACGACAGUAAAUACCAAAGAGAAGCAGACGGUCCGUCAACAAAUACAUGUAUCUGUCAGACACAGAAGAGGGGGUAUUCGCCAUUUAAAACCUCACAGGGGUCUAUACAUGUACAAACAUGAUGUCUCACCAUCAUUAAAUGGUGAAACAUUGAAAUCCAGACAGUUUCACUCUUCCAGCCAGAAGUCUCUUCAUCACCACCUUGGCACUUAACAUAUGUUUUUACAUGAAGAGGGGCGAGAAACCCGAGGGAUACAGACAAAUGCGACCCAAGACGUUCCCUGCAAGCAAUUACAGCGGCAAUAGUCAACAAAUGCUGCAGGAGAUCCGAGAGAGCCUGCGGAACCUCUCCCGGCCGCCAGAUGCUCUCAAAACCGACGUGAGCGUCGGGAAGGGACCGCCGGACGAUCCCAGACAACAAGGGCGCAGCAACAACCCCAGGAACCCCCACCAUCACAGAGCACUGCAGGAGAUCCGCAGGUCACUCAUGCCAUUUGCUAAUGAAACUACCUCCAGUGGACACGCUUCAGAUAUCAACAGACACAUGCUGCAGGAGCUGCAGGAUGCUGGCUUUGAUGAGGAGAUGGUGGUUCGUGCUCUGAAGCAGACGAACAGUCAUAGCGUGGAGGCAGCCAUAGAGUACAUCAGUAGGAUGAACUUCCAGGAGCCUGCGAGGGAGCAGAUAACAGCCGCUGCAGCCCGGCCUGUCAACACGGCCAUAAAACAAGCAGGUCCAUCCCAAAUUCCACCGACAGUGUUGCGGCGCCAAAGCUGGAAGGGUUCAAAGGAGUCUCUGGCCCCACAGCGACACAGUGCUCUAAUGACUGAUGGCAUGAUUUACCGUCCCAGUAGCCCUGGACCUCAAAGCGACCUCUCACGGCCUGCUACCUUUCCUCAAAAUCUUGCCUCUGCAGCCAGCGGUCAACGAGUGAAUCCUCCCCUCCCACGGCAGGUGCGUAGCAUCACUCCUCCUCCCUCCUCAUGGGACUCCAAUCCCUCAACCAAGCGGUAUUCUGGGAACUUGGAUUACCUGGUGCCUCGGCUCUCUCCUGUGCCUCAGGGGCCCCGACCCGAUGGCUAUAUAAACCCUCCGUCCCAGGCGCAGCGAGGGAUCAGUCCAGUACCUGUGGGUCGGCAGCCCAUCAUCAUGCAAAACUCCGGGGGCAACAAGUUCACCUUCCCUCCAUCUUGGCCCCAGAAUGGCAGCAUACAAAGCGAGUAUGUGGGCAUUAAUAGCAGUGGCCGCCAGCCACCACCACCUCCGUAUCCCAUGCACCAGACUAACAGACAGAGUCCCACGGCCCAGCAGAUGCAAUCCAGCGCACUUGCUUCACCCUCAAAUGGAGCCAACCUUCCCCCAAGCAUGCUGGUGCCCAACCGCAAUAGCCACAACCUUGAUAUGUACAACCUUGGGGUAUUACCCCAGGUCAGACCUCCUGUGCAGCAGCCUCAGACUUCCCCCGGUCACAGCACCAAUCAGGACGUUCCUUCGUCAUGGCCCCACAGCGUUCCAGGGCGCUCCAACUCCUUCACCAAUGCCCAGCCCAGUGGACGUCAGUGCCCGUCUGUGCCCAGCUCUCAACCCUCCGGCACAACCGUCACCACCAUUACACAGGCUCCCAUUUUGCAGCCGGUAAAGAGUAUGCGAGUGCAGAAGCCAGAGCUGCACACGGCCGUGGCCCCUACACACCCACCAUGGAUGCAGCAGCAGCCUCCGCCCUCUGCUUAUCAAGAUCCGUCUGCUUCCAUAGCUGCCCCCGAAGUCCCGAGCUACCAAGGCCCACCUCCGCCUUACCCUAAACACCUGCUACAGCAGCAGCCUCCACCGGGGUACGACACCAACCCCGGUCCAAAACCCAGCAACAAGGAGGAGGACGGGGUGGACAACGACAAUGACACGGACAGCACCUGCUCCAGCGAGCGCGCUGAGGGCUCUGAGGAGCGCGAGAAGAAACAGAUCACGACAUCUCCCGUGCCGGUGCGGCGUUGUAAACGCGACGAGGAGCGCAAGGGGGAAAGCAGAGUUCCCAUGUACUCCCCGCAGGCUUUCAAGUUCUUCAUGGAGCAGCAUGUGGAGAACAUCCUGAAGAACCACCAGCAGAGGAUCCGGAGGAAGAAGCAGUUGGAGAGCGAGAUGCAGAGGGUGGGACUUUCAAAUGACGCACAGGAGCAGAUGCGCAUGAUGCUGUGCCAGAAAGAAUCCAACUACAUCCGCCUCAAGCGCAAAAUGGACAAAUCCAUGUUCGAGAAGAUCAAGACUUUGGGAAUCGGGGCGUUUGGAGAAGUGUGUUUGGCUCGGAAAGUGGACACGGGAGCGCUGUAUGCCAUGAAGACCCUCCGUAAAAAAGAUGUCCUGUUGCGGAACCAGGUGGCCCAUGUGAAAGCUGAGCGGGAUAUUCUCGCUGAAGCUGAUAAUGAGUGGGUCGUCCGCUUGUACUACUCGUUUCAGGAUAAAGAUAACUUGUAUUUUGUGAUGGACUACAUCCCUGGCGGGGACAUGAUGAGUCUUUUGAUCAGAAUGGGCAUUUUCCAAGAGGGCUUGGCUCAGUUUUACAUCGCAGAGCUGACAUGUGCUGUGGAAAGCGUCCACAAAAUGGGUUUCAUCCAUCGAGACAUCAAACCUGACAACAUCCUAAUUGAUCGUGAUGGACAUAUUAAACUGACAGACUUUGGCCUGUGCACUGGCUUCCGAUGGACUCACGACUCCAAAUACUACCAAAGCGGUGAUCAUGUGCGUCAGGACAGUAUGGACUUCAGUAAGGACUGGGAAGACAGUGCUAACUGUCGCUGUGGAGACCGAUUGAAGCCACUGGAGCGCAGAGCCGCUAGACAACAUCAGCGCUGCUUGGCACAUUCAUUGGUGGGCACUCCCAAUUACAUCGCCCCUGAGGUUCUGCUGCGCACAGGUUACACGCAGCUCUGUGAUUGGUGGAGUGUGGGUGUUAUCCUCUAUGAGAUGGUAGUCGGUCAGCCUCCUUUUCUGGCAACAGCUCCUCUUGAGACCCAGAUGAAGGUGAUAAACUGGCAGACGGCUCUACACAUCCCCCUGCAGGCCAAGCUGAGUCCGGAGGCCACCGACCUGAUCCUGAAGCUCUGCCGUGGCCCGGAAGACCGGCUUGGGAAAAACGGAGCCGAUGAGAUUAAAGCCCAUCCCUUCUUCAAAAGCAUCGACUUCUCCACAGACCUGCGGCAGCAACACCAUGCGCCUUACAUCCCCAAAAUCACACACUGCACUGACACCUCUAACUUUGACCCCGUUGACCCCGACAAACUCUGGAGCGACGAUGCUGACGGCAACCAUAACGACACACUCAACCGCUGGUUCAAGAACGGCAAGCACCCGGAGCACGCCUUCUACGAGUUCACCUUCCGCCGCUUCUUCGAUGAUAACGGCCACCCGUACAGCUGUCCCAAGCCCAUCGAGUGCGAGGAUUAUGACGGGGAGGAGGACGAGCCGGUCAACCCGUCGAAGGGCUUGGGGCCAGAACAGGGGCGGGAUUUAGUCUAUGUUUAAUGUGAAUGUGUGUGUUCGGGUGGAAACUAACCCAGGAAUCAAAAGAAACCAACCAGAAAUUAUAUUUUGCAUGAGCAUAAAUAAAGCCAGCCUGUAAUGUAGGACCAUUCAUAUCAGCAAUUUGAGUUCAUUUCAAACCUCAAUUUCUCAUUACUGUAAUGCAAACAAAUAUAUUUAAUAAUGAUAAUUGACGAUUGUACAUCAUGGUAGUAUUUUUAUUUAUUUUUCGCUGCCUUUAUGCUGAUGUGAAAAAAUGACGCAUGACUUUGUCAUUUUUUUAUGUCAUUAAAAUGAUUACAGUAAAGCAAAUCGCCAUUUAAAACAGCGCAAAUGACAAAUUCAGAAGUAAAACAUUUGAACGUAACAGGAAUUUUGAGGGAAAAUGCCUUUAAUUCUCAGGAACAUAGCAACAAUUUGAAAUGCUCUAAAAAUGGGCUUGAUUUUUAAUAUGCAAAAUAUAAUUUCUUCUUUCUUUUGAUUUGUGGGUAACAUCGGGGCAUAUUUUCACAAGACGGACCUGUGUAGGAUGUGAGUGUGUUUUUAUAUGUUUGUGUGUUUGUUUUCUCUCUUCCAUCUUUGGUGGUGACUGGUGGAGUCUGCCUUGACACUUUGUGCUGUAUUUAUUAUUUUUCGUUCAGGAUGCACUUGUCUGGUGCCUUUUAAACAACCGAGAAUCUGAUGAUGCAGUGGAGCUCUGUAUUUUUACUCCUCUUUAAUUUAUUUAAAGACUUUUUUAAUGGUAGCUGAAACGAGUCGAGUAUUUUCUUCCUGAAAUGAUGAUUUUAUUUAUGAUUGUGUGGAUUUGUUUCUCAUUCUGAGCGGCACAGGGCACUAGACUGCACAGGGACUUCGAUUUUACACUUUCUUUCACCAAAACUAUGAGGGAGCUCAUCGUGUGUGCUGGUAAAUUUAGCCGACCGUUCGUUAUAUAAGUUCCCAAGAAAAAAAAACAUUGUAAAUUGUUGCUCUGUGUAUUUUUUUUUAUUUAUACACACAGAAUUUGUAUAUAUAAGUUAUGCAGUGUAAAUUAGCCUAGUACUUUACUCCCUUUUCGUAGUCCCGAAGGUUUAGGAAAGAAACCAUGGGCUAGAUCCUGUUCUGUUCCACAAAACACUACAGUACAUAUCACUACAGAUCCUGAGCAAAACACUUUUGAGAACCCCUGCUCUGGUUUCUCUCCUUGUUACGAAGAGAUUUUGCUGUGUCACUACCAAAGCCUUCUGUUUUCUGCAAGAACGGUCUCCUGGCGUCAUUGUUUUAGUAUUUUAUUUUUCUGAAAUCUCUCUAAUAUCCUGUGCAUCUCACAAUGUAAUAAGGAAAUCCUUUUCUUGAUUAAGCUGGUGGUCUUAUUCCCAGGAAAAGCAUCUGUAGCUACUUUGAGUGUAAAUUUGCCUUGAAUGGGAGAAAGGAUGGGGUGGCAAUAAAUAAAAGGUCUUAAGCACAAACCACA